AAAAUGGAUCUAUCCAUUUCGGUUGUCUUCUUCCUCUCUCUCUAGUCUCUCCCGUCUCCCGUUUCCAGAAACUUGAUUUGCUCCUUGAGGAAAGUUUUAAACUUUGGUUUUCUUAAAGCAAGUUCGAGAAGGAGAUCGCAGAGUUCAUUCACAAUCUCUCGAGCUCAAAUCAUGGACUCCACAGAACAAUCUAUCAUACCAGGCUUACCUGACGAUUUAGCUUUAAGAUGCUUAGCGAAACUCUCUCACGGCCACCACGGAGCCCUCGAGUGCGUCUCCAGAGGGUGGAGAGACUUACUCCGCAGCGCAGACUACUCCUGCUUCAAAUCCAGAAACGGAUGGUCUGGCACGUGGUUGUUCGUUCUCACCGAACAGUCCAAGAACCAGUGGGUUGCUUACGACCCCGAAGCUGAUCGGUGGCAUCCCUUGCCUAGAACUAGAGCUGUUCAAGACGGCUGGCAUCACUCUGGCUUUGCCUGUGUUUGCGUUUCGAAUUGUCUUCUCGUGAUUGGAGGUUGCUACGCGCCUUCGGUGUCUUCGUUUCCUCAUCAGAAGCCUGUUGUCACUGGAGAUGUCAUGCGGUUUGAUCCGUUUAAGAAAGAAUGGAGGAUGGUUGCGAGUAUGCGGACGCCGAGGACUCACUUCGCUUGUUGUGCUGUCUCUGGGAAAGUUUAUGUUGCUGGAGGUCGUAAUCUAACGCAUUCUAGAGGGAUUACGUCUGCUGAGGUUUAUGAUCCUGUGGCUGAUAGGUGGGAGGAGCUACCAGCAAUGCCUAGACCGCAGAUGGACUGCUCGGGGCUAUCGUACAGAGGGUCCUUUCAUGUUUUGAGUGAUCAGGUGGGGUUUGCAGAGCAAAGCUUCUCUGAAGUCUUCAAUCCGUUAGAGAUGAGUUGGUCCACUGUGGAAGACAUCUGGCCAUUCUCCAGAGCCAUGCAGUUUGCUGUUCAGGUGAUGAAGAAUGACAGAGUGUACACGAUUGUGGAUUGGGGAGAGAGCUUGAUCAAGACGAGGGAUACAGACGAAGGAGAAUGGUACAAUGUUGGUUCGGUUCCUUCUGUUGUUCUUGCUAAUCAUCCGAGAGAGCUAGAGGCCUUUGGAUACGGGUUUGCAGCUCUGAGGGAUGAGCUCUUUGUUAUAGGAGGCAAGGUUCUUAAAUGGGAAGAAUCAGGGGCAGGGAGGUUUGACAUUGUGAGAUUGUCUGUGGUGAGGGUAUGUAACCCUUUGGAUAGGCCUUUGAAUUGGAGAGAGACUAAACCAAUGUGCAUUCCAGCUGGUGGGUCCAUUAUUGGUUGUGCAUCUUUGGAAGAAUCUUCUCUGCCUUAACAAAGGCGAUAGAAUUUCUCCGGAUGCAUAUAUUAUUACAAUAUAGUGGCAGUCGAGUCUUCAAUUGUGGGCAUGGUUAGAAGAGAAACGUAGUAAAAAGAGGAGCCAUGGAGGAGACUUGGUUUUCAUUAGUAUCUGCUUUAAGCUUUUUUGACAAACGUGUAACUUUGGCAUUCCAUUUGAGCAUUUCUACUGCAGAAGUCUUGCAUCGCUUGUGGAUAAGAUGAGAGAACAUUUAGCAUAUAAUGGCAGCUUGGAAAUUAAAAUUA